AUGACCGCCUACCCGUACCAGGAUGCCUCGCUGCCCGUCGACCAGCGUGUCGACGACCUCGUCUCGCGCAUGUCGCUCGAGGAAAAGGCUGGUCUCAUGUUCCACAUGAUGAUCCCCCCCAUCGACUUUGACACCGUCGACCCAAAGUUCGGCCUGCCCGCGACUCGCAAGCACCUGGACAACGGACUGGUGCACUUCAACGUCAUGGGCUCCUUUGACAAGGCCAAGGACUUUGCCGAGUGGGCCAACAACCUUCAGAAGACGGCCCUCGAGAGCCGCUGGGGCAUCCCCAUCACGCUGUCCACGGACCCUCGCCACGCGUUCGUCGAGAACCCUCAGCUCUCGCUCCCCGCCGGACCAUUCUCCCAGUGGCCCGAGAACAUUGGUAUUGCUGCGCUUGCCGACCCCAAGAGGAUGGAGGAGUACUCGGACAUUGUUCGCCAAGAGUACAUUGCCGUUGGCCUCCGCAUGGCUCUCCACCCUCAGGCCGACCUGGCGACUGAGCCCCGCUGGUCGCGUAUCCCGGGCUCGCUCGGCGAGGACUCCAACCUGGCGACAGAACUCUGCGCGGCCCAGGUCCGUGGCCUGCAGCAGAGCGCCGACCUGGGACCCACGUCGGUGGCCGGCUGCGUCAAGCACUUCCCCGGCGGUGGCCCGCUCAAGAACGGUCUCGACAGCCACUUUGCUUGGGGUACCGAGCAGGUCUACCCUGGCGACCAGUGGGAGUACCACCUCAAGCCCUUCCGCGCCGCCGUCGCCGAGGGUGUCCGCUACGUCAUGCCCGCCUACGGCAAGCCCGUGGGCACAAAGUUCCCCGAGGUCGCCAUGGCCUACAACAAGCCCAUCAUCACCGGCUGUCUCCGCGAGGAGCUCGGCUUCAAGGGUGUCGUCGUCGCGGACUGGGGUGUCCUCACCCAGGUCGGCGACCCCGCGGUCAUGGGCGACUUGGCCACCGCCAAGGCCUGGGGUGUCGAGCACCUGAGCGUCUCCGAGCGCGUGGCCAUGUCUCUCGACGCUGGCGUGGACCAGUUUGGCGGCCACUAUGAGCCCGACCUCGUGCUCCAGGCCGUCAAGGAGGGCCUUGUCCCCGAGUCGCGCAUCGACGAGAGCGCGCGCCGCAUCCUGCGCGACAAGUUUGACCUGGGCCUCUUCGAGUCCCCCUUCGUGGACGCCACCCAGGCUGAGGCCAUUGUUGGCCGCAAGGACUUUGUCGAGGCCGGUCUUACCGCCCAGAAGGACUCGGUCACCCUGCUCAAGAACGCCGACCACAACGGCAAGCCCCUCCUCCCCCUGGCCAAGGACGCCAAGGUCUACCUCGACGGCUUCAAGAAGCCCACCGAGAUCGGCUUUGCCAACGUCGUCGACACUCCCGACGCCGCCGACGUUGCUAUCGUCCGUCUCGAGACUCCCUGGACGGCAACGGGCAAUGGCUUCUUCGCCAGGAGCUUCCACCACGGCAACCUCGACUUUGACGCUGCCACGCUCGCCAAGGUCGCCGAGCUGGCCAAGAAGGUGCCCGUGGUCGUCGAGAUCUUUGCCGACCGUCCGGCGAUUCUCGGCUCGCUCGACGACGACGCCACCGCUGUCCUGCUCUCGUUUGGCGUCAACGAGUCGGCCCUUGUGGAGGUGCUGCAGGGCCACUCGCCCAAGGGCAAGGCGCCGUUCGACAUGCCCCGCAGCAUGGCCGCGGUCGAGAAGGGCAAGACUGACACGCCGUUUGACACCGAGAACCCCUUCUACCGCUUCGGACACGGCCUGCGCUACCCCGAGGCAUAG